AUGGACGUCCCUCCUGAGAAAUAUUUCCCUGCUACAGUCUCUUGCCAAGUCCACAAAACUGCCUUUGUGAUUAAGAAUAAGUUGACAGAAGAACAGAUAAGAUUGUAUAGGAAAAUUGUCUUUGGUCCACUGUUGUGGCUGAUUAGGGAAAUAGUAGAAAGAGAAACAAGCGGUGAAAGGCUGCGAGAACUCAUUCUUGGACCGAAGGACCCAAAUGAAAAGGAUAGUUCUUGCAAGGAUGUGGAGAUCGCAUUCGAGAAGUUCAAUUUUACUAACGACGAAAAUGUUGUCAACUUAGCAUUGGCGCUAUUCAUUGAAACAGUGAUGAUUGGAAAAGACAAGAAAACCCAAUUCGAUGUGAAUAUAUUUGGGAUUGCCGAUGACCUUGAAGUCUUUGUACAUUACAAUUGGAAGAAUGAGGCUUAUGAUUCAAAGAAAGCAGAAAAUGAUCAUCGUGCCUCGUAUUACUAUAUAAAGGGAUUCGCACUUGCAUUCCAGUAUCAAACUGUGAAGUACAUUUGGGUUCAUUGUUGUGACCAAACCAAGCUUAACUUCGGUCAUCCUCCAAUUUACAUGGUUCAAUAUGAUCAUCCAGUGAAGACAUGGUGUGAAUAUUACGUGUUGGAAUGGUUGUAA